ACACCGUCCUGUGUAGUCUGCCAAAGACGAAAGGUCAAGUGUGACCGUCAGGAUCCCUGUUCAGCUUGCACCAGAAACGGGGCAGAGUGCAUCUAUCGCGCCCACUUGCCCCCUCGUCGUCGCAAGAGACAGCGCUCGGAAGACGUUCGCAGCCAGAGUGAUGUCCAUGCGCCUAAGCAAAGUGAUUUGGCGGUUGGUGCGAGACCACAGGUUUUCUCUCCAGCAACGACGCAUCAUGGGUCGCCAGCUAUCACACAGUCUGAGCCUGGGAUGCUGAUUACUGGAGCUGGGAGAUCCGUCUACGUCGAUGGCAACCUCUGGAAUAGCGUUCGCACGGAGGUAGGAUUGAACCAUCUAUUCUCUCAUCGGCAACUUCUGACAGGGUCUAGCUUCCUCCCGCUGAAGAUAUGUUGCGGGAUGUCUCGUACACUGCUUCUCCCAGCCAGUCUUCACAGGAUCAAGAUGACGAGUCCUCCCUGAUCUUAGGUUCGAAGUCCGCAAGAAACAUCACUGCUCUUCACCCCCCGACGCUACAUAUCUUCAAAUUGUGGCAGGUGUUUCUAGAAAAUGUCAAUCCUCUGGUCAAGAUCCUACACGGUCCCACCGUUCAGCAACAGAUCCUUGAAGUAACUGGUGAUCUGACCUCAAUCCCAAAAGGAUUUGAAGCACUUAUGUUCUCCAUUUACUGUGUCGCGCUGGUCUCGAUUGAUGCAAACGAGACACAGAAGACCUUUGGCGAAAGUAAAGCAAGACUUCUCUUGAAAUACCGACGUGGAGCUCGGCUUGCCCUGUCAAAUGCGGGCAUUCUGCGCACAUCAGAUGUUGUAGUUCUUCAGGCAUUUGUCUUGUACCUCCUCUCAAUGCGCUCAUUCUCCGACCCCCAGUCCAUCUGGUCCUUGUGUGGCCUUGCAGUCCGAAUGGCCCAGCGGAUCGGUCUUCACCGGGAUGGCUCACACCAUGGGCUUUCCGUGUUCGAGACUGAAAUGCGCCGUCGCCUCUGGCUCCAGCUGACCAUACUAGACGCCACCACCGCACACAGCUCGGGAAUCAUGCCCCAAUUAUCUUUAAUGGUGACAGACGUCCAGCGACCCUCCAACGUCAACGACUGUGAUCUAGACCCGCGCAUGACCGACACCCCUCGCGAGCACGGCGGAGCAACAGAGAUGAUAUUCUGCCUCGCAAGAUGCGAAUUCGGGGAAUGGAUCAAGCGUUGGUCCAAGAUCACCGGCACCCAGGGAACCCACAGCUUCUUAUCCUCGCCUGCCAUCUCGCUGGCCGAGAAGGACCGCGCGAUCGAUGAACUCAGCCAUACCUUCGACACCAAAUACCUCUGCUACUGCGACACGUCAAUCCCCCUCCACUACAUGACCACCAUCCUCAUCCACUCCCUAAUCUACAUCCUACGCUUCUCCGCCCACCACCCCCGCCAAUACACAGACCACAUAUCCCAGCCCGAACGAGACCACAUCUUCUCCAUCUGCCUACGCGUCGCCGAAAACUGCCACGUCGUCCAGAAUGGCACUACCACCCAACGCUACAUCUGGCACGUGGAAAACCACAUCCCGUGGGAAGCGCUGAUAUACAUGCUUUACGAACUAGGAUGUCGCGUCGACGAAGAAGAGACGCGAAAGGCAUGGUUUCUCAUCGACAGGAUCUAUAGCCGACACUUCCGCGACAUGAAGCACCGAGCGCGGACGGCCUUCUCCGUCGCGAUGCAGAAUCUGAUCGUCAAGGCGUGGAAGGCACAUGUGGGGGAGCGUUCACGGCGUAAUAAGCCUUCGCUGCCGUGUCCGGAGAUUGUCUCGACUAUAUCGGAGCGGGAUAGGCACGCGACGAUCUCUCCUCUCGCAUCCGAACAGACGAGAAGAGAAAGUCGCAGUCACGAAGCUCCGUCUGGGCUGUUUGAUGCGAGCGAACUUGAUCUCGGUCCGAUGGACUGGGGCCAGUGGGACGGCCUUCUGGGGCAGUUUCAGCAAUAUACGAACGAUGACCUGUUCGCGGUGGAUGUUAAUGUUUACGAGUGAGCUGUCGCGAUUACCGGUCUUCAACUUCCCACUAUAUCAUAUAAAUAUAGCAUGGGUUUUCUGCGACCAGUGGAAAUCUGGUCUGUGCCGUUACAUGUCGG